AUCAAGCCUUAAAAAUGAACUGUUACCGUAGUUUCAUUUUUCAGAUCGUAUACGCCAUACGGACACUUUCAAAUUUAUUUUUAAAAGCUUGUAAUGCUUGUUUUCAAACUUUGUCUCUCAUUACACCUGACGACUCCAUGAUAUUCUGUUGUUUUGUAUUUUAUAUCAGCAGAGUGUAUAUGACGUUUGAAACAUCGUAACUCGUAACUGGUUGAGAAAUUUUAUCAAGCUGGAUUUCGAUCGCGAAAUGGCCAAAGAGAACAAUGCAGCUGGAAAAAGCCAGCCAAAACAGAACUCCAAAACGAAUUUUUUUGACGACAAUCAGGACGAUGAUUUCUCCUCUUAUUUCCGAAGCAACAAAAAGGCUUCCUCUAAUCCAUUUGAAGAUGAAGAUUCUCCAGAUGUCGCACCGCGGAGGAAGCCUGAUCAGGGAGGCGCACCAUACGGCGACGCUCACGAGAAGCUGUUGUCGCCGCGCGAACUGUACCAGCAGGAGGUGCAGACAAUCCAGGAUAGAACGCUACAUAUGACCGCUAAAUCGUUGCUGGUAAUCGACGAGUCCGAAGCAGUGGGGACAGCGGCAGCACAGGAACUUCUCGCCCAGCGAGAGCAGCUAGAACGUACAAAUCGGAAUUUAGACGAAAUGAACACCACACUGGAUCAGUCGCAGAAGCAUCUCAAUAACAUCCGCAGUGUUUUCGGUGGAAUCAAAAACUGGUGGACAUCCAAACCCGCGGAACCAGCGAAAACAACAGUUUCCAGCAGCUCGAGCAGUCUUCGCAGUGUUGUCGAAUCCUCUUCUGCACAAGCCGCCUCCGAGCCUGGUAAACCUCGGAGCAGCUCAGCUGAUAUCCCUCCUCAGCCAAGCAGGAAUACUCCUCAGUCUGCUUAUUCUGCGAGUAAGCAGUUUGACAAGGCGCUGGACUCCAAUCUCGAUCAAAUGUCGUUAGGGCUUUCGCGUUUGAAGGGUUUGGCGGAAGGGCUGGGGACGGAGAUUGAACAGCAGAACAAACUGCUGGAUGAUAUGUCAACGAAAACCGACCGUGUUAGCAGUAAGAUGGGCGACCAGCAGAAGAGUAUCGACAAAAUUCUCGGGAAGAAAAAGUAGACGUCCGCAUUGUCAGACUCUUAGCUCAUUCCGGUGUACAGACUUUUAUGCUACAUUUAGAUUUCUUAUUCUGUUUUGACUUCUCGGUGACAUAAGACACUGUUCUGUUGAUUAUGAAUUUCAUUAGAUUUAUCAUAUUCCGGUAGAUAUACCGUAUACGUAUUCAAUGGCAGUUAAAUAUCAAAACAUUUCAAGAAGAUAACGCACAAGGUUCACUCGUAUUCUUUCAAGCGCACAUCUAGUCGAUCAAUUUCACUGCAAGAUUCUCC